AUGGAUUCUUUUUCCUUUAACUCUCCCGGGUUGGUUAACCUACUAGCUUCCCAGAGCAGUCAAACAAUAGAGUUAGGGUCUUCGGAGGUUCCUAAACCUGCGUCAAAGCGAAAGUGGACAACCAAAGAAGACGUUGUGCUGAUCAGUGCUUGGUUGAACACCAGCAAAGAUCCAAUCGUGAGUAAUGAGCAGAAGACAGCUAAGUUUUGGAAGCGAAUAGAGGAGUAUGUCAAUGCUAGCCCUCUGCUCAUUGGCUCCGUUCCUAGGGAUUGGAGUCAAUGUAAGCAGAGGUGGGGAAGGGUGAAUGAGCAGGUGUGCAAGUUUGUGGGAAGCCAUGAAGCCGCUUUGAAGGAGCAAGCGAGUCACGGGUUGCAUGAGGUGGAUGUGUGUGGAUGUGGAUGCUUGUUCUUUAUCUCGGUUUCUUUAGGUUUCAGGUCACGGGUUGUAGGAGGUGGAUGCUUGUAG